AUGGUUGAUCAUAUGACAUCUAGAAAUCAUAGGACGGACGCUGACCUGUUUAAAGCUCUGUCAGAUGGUGAUGAUGCCAAGCUGCUGAAUCUAAUUCCUGAAAACCAACCAGAAAAACUUAUGUUGAAAAAUGAAGCUGGAAAAACCUUACUUCAUGCAACAGCCACCAGCAAUAGGACGGUUGAGGCCGCUGCUGAGAUGCUGCGUCGGGCACCUUUAUUGCUCAGCAUGACCGACAGGCUCGGAGAGACUGCUCUUUUCCGUUCAGCCCGUUAUGGGAAGACCCAAACUUUCAAAUUUCUAGAAGCUGAAGUGAGAAGGAAAUAUUCUGCAGAACCAGAUUUCAGGAAAUUUCUUUUUAGAGAUAAUAAAGCUACUAUCCUUCAUGCUGCGAUUCAUAGUGAGAACUUCAUCAUUGAUCCAAGUACUAAAGAAAGAACUAGUAGAGUGCCUAUCCUGCGAGAAGUUCAGAAACAAAAGCACAAAAGUGAAUCAGCAAAGAAACUUGCAACCCUCUUAAUCGAAAAGGAUACCUCAUGGGAAGCAACGGAACCCAGGUCAGAUCAGAACAGAAUUAAGCCCCACAAAUAUGGAGGGGGGGAUACCACUGCUCAACAGAUCAAAAUGCAAUCAGAAACACAUCAUGCAGAUAUCAUCAUCACUUCUGAUACCCCUGACUCUCCAUUGCUUUUAGCUACAAAAUCGGGUUGUACAGAGAUUGUUAAGAAAAUACUGGAAGUCUACCCUCAGGCAAUAGAGCAUAUUGAUGAGGACGGACGUCACAUUUUGCAUGUGGCAAUCAAAUAUCGAAGAAUGGAUAUCUAUAAAGCUGUGAUCGAUAUGAAGAAUCCUUUGACAAGGCUAAGAGCGAAGAUUGACAAACGCGGCAAUUCAAUUCUGCACAUGGUUGGCCUAAAGGUUACAGAUCAGAAUGCUGAGGAGGACAUCAGAAGCCCUGCUCUGGUACUACGAGAUGAUUUGAUUCUGUUCGAGAGUGUGAAAAAAAUAUGUACCACCUUAGCAACCUUGCAAGUAAACAACGAUGGAGUGACUGCUGAACAGCUAUUCAUUAAGAAUAAUGUGCAGCUUCGCAUUGAUGCUAAAGAAUGGAUGAAGAGCACAGUCGAGAACUGCUCCAUUGUUGCUGUUCUCAUUUCCACUGUUGCGUUUGCUGCGGCUUACACUGUACCUGGAGGACCAAAUCAACAAACAGGUUAUCCACUUCUCAAGAACAAACCAUUUUUUAUCGUCUUUGCCCUAGCAGACGCUCUUUCCCUCACAUUUUCCUUGACAUCGGUUAUCAUAUUCCUAUCCAUUCUCACAUCUUCAUUUCGGUUAACUGAUUUCCGAGACACUCUUCAUAAUAAACUAUUGCUUGGCCUCACGGUGUUGAUCCUCUCCGUCUCAAUGAUGAUGAUAGCAUUUGCAGCUACACUUGUCCUAACCAUUAGUAGUCGGCAGGAUUGGACAAACGUUAUCUUGUACACGAUUUCGUUUUUCCCUGUCAGUGUGUUUGUGUGCUCACAUGUAAACCUUUACAAAUUGCUAAUUAAAGCGUUUGAGGAAAGAGUCAGGAGGAUUAUGGCUUCAAUAUUGCCUAACCGUGCUGUUGAAUCACCCCAAGCAAUACAGCAACCCACACCAGCCUCUCAAAAUCCAACUACUAGUUUCACCGAAUCAACCACAUGUCCUUUUGUGUGA